UAUAAUUUGUCGAAUAUUUUUAGAAGCUAAGACAUUGAUCUGUGCACUGCGUAGAUGUACAAUAAGUUCAAUUCUUUUAGAUUUGAAAACUGUUCAACUGAUUAACUGAAAAGAAUCGAUUCAAAAGAAUGAUUUGUUCACGAAUUGGACAUCACUAUCGUGCACUUGCAUAGCUGUAUUUGCAUGCCAGUAAUGAUUUUCUCUAAAACCAUAUUACAUUGUAGUUCGCAUAAUACUUUUCUCUCUGACUGAAAGUCGUGUAAAUACAAAUGCGAUUCCACAUUGUAUUGGACAUGGGUGUAAAUAUAUCAAUUGCAUUCGAACAGAUUCGCUGGGUAAUACAGGACUGACUGUAAUUGAAACUGACCUGGUUAAAUUAGGCUUCACUUAUGCAUACUCACGAUAGGCUCUAUGGAGUAAGGAGAGUGGAUGGGUGGAGGAGGGUGGGCUGUCGGGCUUGCGUGCAAAAAAAUAGUGAUUAAUUCAUUGUGUACCUAUUAUUAAUCAUGUAAAAAGUGUAAACUAAAAAUGUACAGUACCUUAACUAGAUGACCCAUGUCAUCGUCCGUUGUGAUCUUUUACUGCCGACAACAUCAUAUGCCAGUUAGGUGGGCAUCACCCAGCCCUGCUACCUGUGCUUUUAUGCAUUGGCCUGGGCUAUUGUAGGCUUUUACUCUGAGAAAAUUGUCAGCAGUUUGCAUGAAUGUAUGUCAAUGUCUGUAUGACUGUACAUGUGGUUUUCGUUCCUCUUAUAUCACCAUCUGUGUGUCAGAUGGCCACCAAGAAGGGUGGUUUGGGAGCACAGAAGGUGAGCGGUCAGAGCUUCUCAGAGCAGGAGAAACGGGCCCAAGCUGUGGACAAGCUGCGGGAGCACCGGGAGUCCACUGCCAAGAUGAUCAGCCCGGCCGAGGAGAACAUAGCUUCUUCAAUGCUUCUGGCCUACAAGGACCUAGAGACCCAGAGGAAGAAGGAGGAAAGCAAGAUGAAGAAUCUUGAAGGGAAGAAGAAGGAGCAGGUGGAAAGAUUAGGCAUGGGACUUGGCAGCCGGAGUGGGGUGUCCCACUCCGUGCUGUCAGACAUGCACAUCAUCCAGCAGGAGGCGCCAUCUGUGAUCCAGACCUCCAGAGGACGGAAGUACACAGAGGAAGAAGAUGGCACCUUCUCCAGGCUGUCCCCCAAAUACACGGACGAGCCUGCAGAGCCCUCCAAUCAGUUCUUCUCCAGCUGGGCCGGGCCUGAGGAGAGUUCCUGGAAGAUGGAGAACAGAAAGUCAGAGCCAGAUGUCCUCCUCAUUUCCAAGACCCCUUUACUGGACGAGAGGGCUACGACAAGGCGCAAGCAUGACUGUGAGUCUAGCAGUGCCUCCGAUGAGGCUCAGAGGAAGUUCGGCGACGUGAAGGCCAUCUCAUCUGACAUGUACUUUGGGAAACAGGAUAACUCAGAGGCAAGUUUUACGCAAACAUGUUUGUGUGCACAUGCAGACCUGUGGCUUGUCUGCCCUGCAGUCCUCCAGCUGAGAAUAUUCCAGGUGUCAGUGUUCGUGCUGUGUUAUAAGGAGACUGCCUUCUGCAGUCCUCCAGCUGAGAGUAUUCCAGGUGUCAGUGUUC